AUGUCAACUACCCAGACCCUGGAUUCACACGUUCCGGUUGAGCCGCUGAGCCCGCCGAUAGUUGGACGCGAUGGCUACACCAGCCUCAACCCUCGGAGCGAGGUCCUGUCAAAGGGCUGGAAGCAUCCCCAUAAGGACGCUCGUCCGUUGCCCUGCGACAUACAGAUAGACCACGACGUCGCCAUCACCACCAGGGACGGGACCGUCCUCUACGCCGACGUCCUGCGGCCCCCCAACACGGACGAGAAGGUGCCCGCCAUCAUCUGCUGGUCCCCCUUCGGCAAGAAGUUCAACGGCCUGUCGUCCCUGGACUACAUGACGCCGUGGCAGGCGGGGGUCCCGUCGCAGACGCUCUCCGGGCUGGAGAAGUUCGAGGCGCCCGACCCGGCGGACUGGGUGCCCCGCGGCUACGCCAUCGUCAACGUCGACACGCGCGGGGUGUUCGACAGCGGCGGCACGAUGGUCAUCCUGGGUUCCGUCGAGGCCGAGGACGGCUACGACACCGGAUGGGCUGGUUGGUUCAUCGCCGCGCUCCGCCCGCCCAGCCUAAAGGCCAUCGCCCCCUGGGAGGGCUGCGGCGACCUGUACCGCGAGCAGUUCGCGCGCGGGGGCAUCUACGCCGGCGACCUGUUCGACGAGCUCAUCGUCAAGCACAUGCUCAAGGGGCGCAACGGCAUGGAGAGCUUCCGCGAGAUGUUCAAGCAGCACCCGCUCGCGAACGCGUGGUGGAACGACAAGCGGCCCGACAUGGGGAAGAUCAACGUCCCGACGUACAUCACGGGGACGUGGACCAACACGAUGCACGGCAUGGGCGCCAUCCGCGGCUGGCUCGAGGUCGAUUCGGCCGACAAGUGGCUGCGGUGGCACCCCUGGCAGGAGUGGUACGACCUCUGGGGGAACCCGCAGGCCAAGGAGGAGCUGUUCUCCUUCUUUGACCACUUCCUCAAGGGGAUCGACAACGGCUGGGAGAAGACGCUCAAGGUGCGGAUGGCGCUGGGCGUCGAGUUCGAGGCCGGCGAGAGCGUCAGGGUCGUGUUGAGCGGGCAGAGCCUCGCGGUGAACAACUUUGGGAAGAAUCACUGUCUGAACAAGGGGCGGCAUAUCGUGCACCUGGGAGGGCAGCAGGCGAGCCAUGUCAUUCUUCCUUUUGUAUAG